AUGUUGAAAACACGCUACGUAGAUGACAUCUACGGUGGAGCAGACAACGAAGAAGAUGCUAUCAAGGCUGCAGUACAAACAAAAGCUCUGUGUGCAGCAGGCUGCUUCCCGCAUGCCAAAUGGGCUAGCAAUAGCCCACGGUUACUCGCUGAAGUCGCUCCAGAAAAGCAGCUGUAUACACCGCUUAAAGAAAUCAGUGAUGCACCAGUAAAAGUCCUGGGCAUGUACUGGAAUUCACGCACUGACGCUCUCCAGUUCAAGUACACGCUACCGCCAGAGACGCCUAAGACAAAGAGAGCUAUUUUGUCUGAAAUCGCUAAACUGUAUGACCCGCUAGGACUUCUCGCACCAAUAGUCGUCAAAGCCAAGAUCUUUAUGCAAGAUCUGUGGCUAGAUAGAGUGUCAUGGGAUGAACAAUUGUCAUCAUCACUCAUUUACAAAUGGACUGGAUACCGCGAGGAUCUUCGAAACAUCGAAUCCAUCCGCAUUCCACGCUGGAAUAAUAUAGCACCUGGAGCAACUAUGGAAUUGCACGGGUUCUCAGACGCUUCGCAAAACGCUAUGGCUGCUACUGUUUAUUUGAGAGUCACUGACGCUGAUGGGAACAUAAAGGUCUCACUUUUGUGUUCAAAAACGCAAGUAGCACCGCUGAAGACCAUGACAAUCCCACGCUUGGAAUUAUCUGCUGCAUGGUUGCUAACACAACUGAUACUUCAUGUCAAAGAAGUUCAGUCGCUUGAAAAUGUCAGGAUCAAUCUCUGGACUGACUCCGCCGUGACUCUCGCAUGGAUUAAAAGUCCAGCAAUCCGCUGGAAGACAUUCGUCCGCAAUAGAGUGGGAAAAAUCCAAGAAACGCUUCGAGAUGUCUCCUGGAAAUUUAUUCCAGGAAAACAAAACCCCGCUGACUGCGCUUCAAGAGGUAUACCUACGCUAAAACUGAAACAACACGCUCUCUGGUGGCAUGGACCAACUUGGCUUCAUGAACCAGAAUCCUCUUGGCCCACUCUGGAGCCUCCAACCGACAACACAACGCAUCGAGAAGAACGCCAAGGUCUGACACUAGUAACUUGGGAAGCAGAAAAUUGCCUGCUCCAACAAUUACUGUCGCAUUACACGCAGCUGUUUCCACUGCUACGGAAACUCAGCAUCUGGCAUCGUGCCAUCGACCGCUUUAAAAGAGUUCCACAAUCUUCGCUGGCCUAUCCGCUUACUCCAUCAGACCUGGAUCGCGCUAAAUUGACCUUGAUUAAGUUCACUCAAGGACAAUACUUCGCUAGAGAGAUUCACACGCUACAAGAUGGUGAUGGUCUGCCUAAAAAUAACAGCAUCACCAAGCUGACUCCGUUCAUCGACCAUCAGGGGGUCCUGAGAGUCGGUGGCCGCUUGAAAAACGCAUUGCUGGACCCAGAAGAGAGGCAUCCAGCGAUUCUACGGCGACAAUCACCGCUUACAUCAAUUUUGAUUGAUGAUUCGCACCGCAAAACGCUUCACGGAGGUACUCAGCUUACGCUCGCUGAUUUACGAAAGAGUGUCUGGAUCAUUGGAGCCCGUGUUCCAGUCAGAUCAUUUAUUUUACGCUGCGUUAUCUGCACGAGACACCGUGGAGAACGCGCUCAACAGUUGAUGGGUCAACUACCCGCCGCACGAGUACAGCCAACUCGAGCCUUCUUGCAUACAGGACUCGACUACGCUGAACCUAUCACGCUGAAAACGUUUCAAGGACGUGGAUCAAAAACAUACAAAGGCUGGAUUGCAGUCUUUGUAUGCAUGUUCAGUUCAGCUGUACAUUUAGAGCUAGUAACUGACUACACCGCUGCCGCUUUCAUCGCCGCUUAUCGCCGCUUCACUAGUCGCCGAGGUAUCUGCCACACGCUAUAUUCAGACUGUGAAACCAAUUUUGUAGGAGCAGAUAAAGAGCUGAAACGACUAUUCGCUGCAGGAUCCCGCACAUUACGAGAAUUAUCAACCUUGAUCGCUCAAGAUGGCACGAACUGGAAAUUCAAUCCGCCUGGAGCUCCACAUUUUGGAGGAAAAUGGGAAGCCGCUGUGGAAUCUAUCAAAUUUCACUUUCGAAGAACAAUCGGAGACUCGCUGUUGACGCUUGAGCAAUAUUCAACGCUACUGGCUCAAAUUGAAGCCAUAUUGAAUUCCAGACCGCUCACACCGCUGAAUGAAGAUUCUGCUGACCUGGCUGUACUGACUCCAGGUCACUUCUUAAUCGGACAGUCACUGACCGCUAUCCCAGAGCCAUCGCUGUCAGAUUUACAACCUGCUUGGCUCUCGCACUGGGAACAAGUCCAGCAAAUGGUUCAACAUUUCUGGAGAUGCUACUACCAGGACUGCAUCCACCGCUACCAGGCCAUUUCAAAGUGGCAUCAUCGACGCAACCUGAUUAAGGUGGGUUCAGUUGUACUGAUCACCACUGAGGAUCUCCCGCCAACCAAGUGGCCAUUAGCCAAAGUAAUUGCUGUCCAUCCAGGUGAAGAUGGACAAAUCCGCGUGGUAACUGUUAAGACAGUUAACACAGAGCUGAUACGUCCAAUUACAAAGCUCUGUGUCCUGCCGCUAACGCAUGAAGAAGAUGAUCUUGUCGACGCAGCCGCCAACCCGGGGAAGAAUGUUCGGUGA